AUGUAUUAAUAAAUUUUACCAGCUGCAAUAGGAACGUUUCUCACAUCAGUGUUUGGUAUUCAUUUAUAAAGAAUUGAGGACACUUUUGGUAUUCAGAUAGUUGUUUUGGAUUACAAUGGAAAAUUGGAGCUUAAAUAAAAUAACCAUUUUAGAAUGAUAAUUCAAAUGGCUAAAUAAUUGAAAUUUUGGCGCGAUUUGUUAAAUGUUAUUGCUUCAUACUAUUUUAUCAAUAUCUCAACUUAAAAGUAUAUAAAUGAUUGAGAUAUUUUAAUACUAGGACUACAGUUCGACAUUCCAAUUAAUACUAAUUAUAGUGGGAGGCAUUAUUUUACCUAAUGGUUUAUCAGCACUUGCUUGGGAAAUGAAACGCAAAGAAUAUAUAAUAAUAUAAGUAAGUGAACAUGUAGCUAGUUUAUUAAUUUUGGCGAUUUGUGCAGAAUUUUCAUAUAAAACAACUUGA